CUCGAUAAUUGUAAAGAGAGGGAUUGUUCGAAGGAACAAGAAAGAAUAAUAAGGGAUGCAAUACUUUCGGUGGAUUCGCAAAGAAGGCCCAAAGUUUUCACUCCACAGGCAUUACAGCUCAAACCGGGGAGCUUCAUCUACAGUGACGACGGCUUCCUUUUGAUCGCCCGACGACUGAGUUUUAUCGUCUUCUGCUCACAAUAAAUAGAACAAAAGAUCGGAUUUUUGAUCUGAGUUUGGGAGGAGAAGGGCAGAUCUGGAGCAAAAUUGGGACUGUGGGUGUGGUCUCUUUGUUUUGAACAAUGGAGGCCAGUGCCGGUUUAGUUGCAGGUUCUCACAACAGGAAUGAACUGGUCGUCAUCCGUCGAGAGGGAGAAUCUGGCCCCAAGCCGUUGCAGCCAAUCAGUGGGCAAAUCUGCCAGAUUUGUGGGGAUGAUGUGGGACUUACUGUCGAUGGAGAGCUCUUUGUUGCCUGCAACGAAUGUGCUUUCCCAAUUUGCAGGACUUGUUACGAGUACGAGCGUAGAGAAGGAAGCCAGGUCUGCCCACAGUGCAAAACUAGGUUCAAACGUCUGAAGGGAUGUGCUAGAGUUGCGGGUGAUGAAGAAGAAGAUGAUAUCGACGACCUUGAGAAUGAAUUUAGUUUUACCGGAAGGGACAAACAGGAUAUGCAGUAUCUUGCAGAGGCCAUGCUUCAGGGGCACAUGAGCUAUGGCCGAGCCGGAGAUGCAGAUAUGCCUCAAGUAGCUCAUACAAUACCACAAGUUCCUCUGCUUACCAACGGUCAAAUGGUUGAUGAUAUACCUCCUGAACAGCACGCUUUGGUCCCUUCUUUCAUGGGUGGCGGAGGGAAAAGGAUCCACCCCCUUCCAUUCGCAGAUCCUAGCCUUCCAGUUCAACCUAGAUCCAUGGAUCCAUCGAAGGACUUGGCUGCAUAUGGUUAUGGAAGUGUGGCUUGGAAAGAGAGGAUGGAGAAUUGGAAGCAAAAGCAAGAGAAGUUACAAGUGGUGAAGAAUGAAAAUGGUAGCAAAGAUUGGGAUAAUGAUGGUGAUGGGCCAGAUCUACCGCUAAUGGAUGAGGCUAGACAACCACUAUCAAGGAAAUUGCCAAUUCCAUCAAGCCAAAUCAACCCUUAUCGCAUGAUCAUCAUAAUACGGCUUGUAAUUGUUGGGUUCUUCUUUCAUUACCGAAUAACGCAUCCAGCACCUGAUGCAUAUGCAUUAUGGCUCAUAUCUGUGAUAUGUGAGAUAUGGUUUGCAGUUUCAUGGAUCCUUGAUCAGUUUCCGAAGUGGCUCCCAAUUGACCGAGAAACUUAUCUAGAUAGGUUAUCGUUGAGGUAUGAGAAAGAAGGCCAUCCGUCUCAACUCUCUUCUGUUGAUAUAUUUGUGAGUACGGUAGAUCCAUUAAAGGAGCCUCCUCUUGUCACUGCAAAUACUGUUUUGUCCAUUCUUGCUGUGGACUACCCUGUCGAAAAGGUUUCCUGCUAUGUUUCAGAUGAUGGUGCUGCUAUGUUAACAUUUGAAGCAUUGUCUGAAACAUCUGAGUUUGCACGGAAGUGGGUCCCUUUUUGCAAGAAGUUCAAUAUUGAGCCACGAGCACCUGAAUGGUAUUUUGCUCAGAAGAUUGAUUAUCUCAAGGAUAAGGUCCUGCCUUCAUUUGUGAAGGAGCGGAGGGCGAUGAAGAGAGAAUAUGAGGAGUUCAAGGUUCGGAUCAAUGCUUUGGUUGCUAAGGCACAAAAAGUCCCUGAAGAAGGGUGGACAAUGCAGGAUGGGACUCCAUGGCCUGGUAAUAAUGUCCGAGAUCACCCAGGCAUGAUUCAGGUAUUUCUGGGUCAAAGUGGGGGGCAUGACACUGAAGGAAAUGAACUCCCUCGCCUGGUUUAUGUCUCUAGGGAAAAGAGGCCUGGAUUUAAUCACCAUAAAAAGGCUGGUGCCAUGAAUGCUUUGGUCAGAGUCUCUGCUGUGCUGACAAAUGCACCAUAUCUAUUGAACUUGGAUUGUGAUCACUACAUCAAUAACAGUAAGGCUCUCAGGGAGGCAAUGUGUUUCAUGAUGGACCCUUUGAUGGGAAASAAAGUUUGUUAUGUUCAAUUCCCACAAAGGUUUGAUGGUAUUGAUAGGCAUGACCGAUAUGCUAAUCGGAAUGUUGUAUUCUUUGAUAUUAACAUGAAAGGUCUAGAUGGGAUUCAAGGACCUAUUUAUGUGGGGACAGGAUGUGUAUUUAGAAGGCAGGCACUCUAUGGUUAUGAUGCUCCAAAGACAAAGAAGCCACCAACAAGGACAUGCAAUUGUUGGCCAAAGUGGUGCUGUUGCGGAUGCUGUUGUUCUGGGAGGAGGAAGAAGAAGACUACUAAGCCUAAGUCUGAGAAGAAGAAAAGGGGUUCCAGAAAUUUACCACCUGCAUAUGCUUUGGAAAGUAUCGAGAAGGGUACUGAAGGGAUUGAGAGUGCAAAAUCAACUGUGAUAUCUGAGGAUAAGUUAGAAAAGAGGUUUGGCCAGUCUCCUGUGUUUGCUGCAUCCACCCUUCUUGAGAAUGGUGGGACACUGAAAAGUGCAAGCCCUGCAUCUCUGCUGAAAGAAGCCAUUCAUGUCAUCAGCUGUGGCUAUGAAGAUAAGACAGAUUGGGGAAAAGAGGUUGGUUGGAUCUAUGGUUCUGUUACAGAAGAUAUCCUUACUGGUUUUAAGAUGCACUGCCAUGGAUGGCGAUCAAUAUAUUGUAUCCCACCUAGGCCAGCAUUUAAAGGAUCAGCACCCAUCAAUCUCUCUGAUCGUCUUAACCAGGUCCUUCGAUGGGCUCUUGGUUCUGUAGAGAUUUUCUUGAGCAGGCACUGCCCUAUAUGGUAUGGAUAUGGAGGUGGUUUGAAAUGGUUGGAACGUUGGUCUUACAUAGGUGCUACUGUAUAUCCGUUGACAUCAAUUCCACUGUUGGCAUAUUGUACCUUACCUGCUGUGUGCUUGCUCACAGGAAAAUUUAUCACACCGGAGCUUAGCAACAUUGCAAGUUUAUGGUUCAUAUCACUUUUCAUAUGUAUUUUUGCUACAAGUAUCCUGGAAAUGAGAUGGAGUGGUAUUGGUCUUGAUGACUGGUGGAGGAAUGAACAGUUUUGGGUCAUUGGAGGUGUUUCUGCACAUCUUUUUGCAGUCUUCCAGGGACUCUUGAAAGUAUUGGCUGGUAUAGAUACCAACUUCACUGUGACAUCAAAGGCUGGGGAUGAUGAGGAGUUUUCAGAGCUAUAUGCAUUCAAGUGGACCACAUUGCUUAUCCCUCCAACAACACUUUUAAUAAUAAACCUCAUUGGGGUUGUUGCUGGUAUCUCAAAUGCAAUAAACAAUGGGUACGAGUCAUGGGGUCCUUUGUUUGGUAAGCUCUUUUUCUCUUUUUGGGUGAUUGUCCACCUCUAUCCAUUCCUCAAAGGUUUAUUGGGCCGACAGAACAGGACACCCACUAUUAUUAUUGUCUGGUCCAUUCUGCUUGCUUCYAUCUUCUCCCUUUUGUGGGUCCGGAUUGAUCCAUUCUUGGCCAAGUCGGAUGGCCCUGUACUAGAGGAAUGCGGACUAGACUGUAAUUAGCAGGUAUGUAAGCAUCCGGCCCUUGGGGGUCAAUGGAGAACACUGGAGCUUAAUUUGGUGACGUCUCGUUCGCAUUACAUGAGCCAUGAUGGUUGUUUUUUUUUCUGAGAAGAAACGAGACUUUAGUUUGGUGAGGUUCUGCAAUCUGUAGAUAAUGUUUGGGUUGUGUUGGCAAUAUUUUUGGGGUGGGACGAAAGACACUGCUUUGGGCGAAGGGAAUAUAAGAUGGUCAAGCUCUUCUCAGAUCUCACCGCUGUGUAAGUUUAUUUUGUCAGAGAUUAUUAGGCAGUUUCACAGAAGUGCUUCUUGAUUCUUUAUUAGUUUGCUGAAAACGAGGAAGAGACAGAGGGGUCAGCCACAUUGUUAGUUUGUUACCGCUGUUGUUAGUUGAUCUGGUCUCUCUAGAUUUUUCUUUGCAAUAAGCGCAGGCAUUUACCUGCAUUAUGUAACAAUGAUAGCCAGAACUAAGAAAGGUUUCGUAAGUUGGGGCUUAUUUUCUACUGUUACAUGGUCAACGUCUGAUCCUGCUGGCUAUGGGAUCACAUGGCAAUGCAGUGGAAGGUCAAUAGAGUCAUGAAUUUAUGGCAUUGUCCUAGUGAUUAGCUGUGAUGAGUUUGCUCUAUGAUUAUGCUUCGGGCAUGGAUACCACCAGUUCAGAGAUACUUCAGUCAUUGUCUCAUUGGAGGUGUUUGCAAGUAAUAGGGUGGAUGAUUCCUCAUUCCUCUUCAGGUAAUUUUUAGGGUUUAUACUGUAAUAAGAAUCAAUGUGUUGAAAAAAUAAAAAAAGAAAAACGAACAGAUUUUGUAUUUUCUUCGAGUUAGGAUCUACAAGUUGCCACUCAUGGUACAGCAUGAAAGUAAAUCGUUUA